CUGUGUCUCUGAUGAUAACCAGUCGGCAGAAAUGAUGGAAUGCCUCAAGCAGACAAAUGGCAUGCCUCCCCUUGUACAAGAAUGCACAGUCCCGUGUCGAGAUGACUGCACCUUCACGGUUUGGUCCAAGUUUACUCCCUGCUCCACAAAUUGUGAAACAACCCGAAGUCGACGGCGACAGCUUACAGGGAAAAGCAGGAAGAAAGAGAAAUGCCAGGACUCUGACCUGUACCCUCUCAUAGAAACAGAACUGUGCCCUUGUGAUGUAUUUAUAUCUCAGCCUUAUGGAAACUGGUCAGAUUGCAUUCUUCCAGAAGGCAGAAGGGAGUCUCAACGAGGAUAUCGGGUACAAGGAGACAGCAAAGAAUGUGGAAAAGGCCUGCGCUUUCGAGCAAUAGGCUGCUCUGAUAAAAACGGAAGACCUGUUGACCCCUCCCACUGCAGCAGCUCUGGUUAUAUUCAAGAAGAGUGUGUCAUCCCAUGCCCAUUUGAUUGCAAGUUAAGCGACUGGUCUAGUUGGGGGUCUUGCAGCUCAUCUUGUGGGAUUGGAGUGCGAAUUCGGUCCAAAUGGCUAAAAGAAAAACCUUACAAUGGAGGUCGCCCAUGUCCCAGACUGGAUCUCAAGAAUCAGGUAAAGUACAUGAAGCAACAACAACAACAACAACAAAAAAAAAAAAAACUAAAAAAUUACUCACUUGAUUACUUCCUUUGGAAAUAGAAGUCAUUCUCUUGCUAUAAGUAACUCCUAAAAAGUUAUCACAAGUUCAAAAGAGGGGUUAGGAGAACACAGAGUAAUAUAACAGAGUUACUAAUGGA